AUGUCGGUGACGCUUUAUCCGGCUGAGACGAGCGAUGGCACUGUCACAUCAUUCAUUCCUCUCACCACAGUGUGGCCCUCCUCUUCAGGGUGUGCAAGCUACUUUCGCUUGAACGGACCAAGCCUAGUAGCUUGGGACCCUGGCUAUGGACUUGAUAUUGAUACCAAUGUGAGGUGUGCUCCCCCAGCAGUGACAACCUGGUGGGAGCAAGGUGCGUUAGGUGGAGGAGGUUCAGAACAUACCGCAGUUAGCAUCGGCCCUCUCACAUGCCCGGAGAACUUUUCGACCGUUGCUUCUUCUGUCAAAGAUGAUUCUAGCACGCUGGCCAUGUGCUGUCCUCCUGGAUAUUACCUGGCAGGUAGAACGCCUGGAAAAGUCAACGGAAACUGCCUGUCGGACGUCGCCUCCGGCAUGACUCUUACGUACGCAUCAACUCCAUAUGGCGACAAAACGGCCUGGAAAACCGAGACCACCACAUUAUCUAAAAGCUCAACUGUUGGUGCAAUUGCUGUCGUGGGAUGGAACAUCAAAAUCGUCACUCCAACUCCCACUUCAGCCUCCACAGCCACGUCAACAACGCCGUCCAGUACGCGGGACACCCCCUCCGCGGCAACCACCAGUGUCACUACCUCACCGUCGAGCGGUGAUCUCACCACAAGCGCCAAAGUAGGGAUCGGUGUAGGGGUAGGUGUUGGUGCAAUCGGCGUGAUAGCAUUACUGGUCGCGUUAUAUUUCUUUAGGCAUCGAAAGCAGCAAGCUCCGGCCGAACUCCCUGCUCCAGAGCCAAGACAACCCCCCAUGUAUCAAGCGGUUUGGCAGCCUGCCCCGAUUGCAGAGCUCCCGGCGACAAAAGCUCGUCCUGGUCAUGGAUCCAUGGCCCCUGCGGAGUUAGGAGGAUGA